AUGUUCCUGUGCAAUCUGGAUCUCAAGUUCCCCCCUGUGCAGGUGGCCCACUCGCUCACUAAGCUUGAUCUUGAAACGCUCAUGAUGAGGUCGACUCAGCGCCGAGUCCCAGAAGAGGCGGGCAGCUCUCUCGACGACAGCAGCUAUGACCUGCUCGGCGACGGCGUCAUGGACAUGUCCGACGACGAAGCCCACACCGAGUCGAUCGCGUCGACCGACGGUCCCACGCCCGACGACACGUCUGACGAUUUCAGCGAUGACGACGUCGAAUACGAAGCCGGCGAGAAUCACUUACAAGAUAGCACAUACUCUUCGCACGGCGAAUCCCAAGAGCAGCAAACCCACGUACACCCUAUACUAUCUGGGGAAGACUCCUCUCUGACAGAAGUUCCUCCAUACCUGAGUGGGAGCAUGAGCUCAAGGCAUUUCGUACUACAAGAGCAGAACCCGGGCAGUUCUGAUGUAAGCCAUGGAAGCAGCGUCAUCAAGAGCUCGGCAGGUUACACGGACGAGCUGCCACCGGUGUUCGACCGUUAUGGCUGCAAAGAGAUUAGAUUGUCGGUCAAGACAGCCUUGUCCAAGGACCCUCUCGCCACCCCAGACGCAUACCGAAUACUAUAUAUUGGUAGUGGAAAGUGGGCAGAGGGCACCAUCACCUCUAAGAUCUGCGCAGCGCUCGCUGCCUACCCUAGCGCCUCGAAGUCGGUCAUGGUCCGCGGUCACAUCGAGCCCUAUGCCCCCGUCCCGCACGCUGAUCGUUGUGCCAAAAUGGAGAUUCAUAAGUCGCGCGAGAAGAGGCACGUUCUCGCCAUCAUGGAAGAUGGACGACAGCUCAUGUUCGGCUCCGGCCUGUCUACUCACUCUUCAGAUCGACCAGACCUUGUGGUCCUCUGUCACCCAAGCGUCCUUGAUAGCACUGCUGACAAGCAAGAUCUUGCAUCUGCCAAGGAAGUAUUCGAACGCGAGACAAUCCCAUGCAUCGAACUUGCUGAGACCAAUCCUUUCGGAGCUGGAUCUUCCGUUGAUGAGAACACUACAACGUUACGGGUAUGCGUAGAAGGGCGAGACAACCCGAACACUGAUUACGAGCUGAAGGAGGUACUCCCCCUCGAUAUCCACCAGUUCGACCAACUCGAGCCAUCGCAGCUUAAUCGCCAUCUCGCACUCAUUAGUCCUCAUCUAGCGAAGGCACGGGGCACGAAGGCUGCCUCGACAGCCCGCAAAUCGUGGUUUAGUGACAAGACCAAGACGUCUACGAAGAAGAUGGGCUCACCAUGGCCAACUGCAAAGUUGCUAGCAUCUGCUUUCGUUAUCUUCGCCCUCAUCCCCGCGCUUCUCAUGGGUGCGGCUUAUACCCCUAUGCUGUGCCAAAAGGUGUCCCAAGGGCGGUCAGUGUCACCAGCCGUUUCAGAGAUUCAAAGCAACACCACAACGAUCACGCCCGCAGCUUCAGUGUCUCCAAGUGCGGCUGGCUACCCGGAUUCAUGUCGCUCGAGCCUUGUACACGAAGCUCGAGGCCUCACUGUCGUACCGUCCCAGCCAAAGCAGGCUACCCAGAAGCCAAAGGCGAAGAACAGUCAGGCUGGAGGUUUCGAAAUCCAGAUCACCGGAGACCAUCAGUUUGUACUCCGUCCUUCUAAAUCCUUCAAUUCGAACCGGAAGAAACCCCAACUUCAGGUUCAAGUUUCUCGCCACUCUCAAGAGGUUCCAGCACAUUACAACCGGACCACCACUGGCGAGUACAUUGUCGACCUGGAUCAGCAGUAUCGAUUCGAUAAGUUCAAUGUCAGCAUUGCCACACAUUCAAAGCCUCUCUUGCGGCAAUCUUUCGAGGUGAUGCUCGGACACAACAAGUCGACGCUAGAUCAACUUCUCGACACCGCCAUGUCAAACAUAUUGGAUACACAAAACACCCUUCGCAACGUCUCCGCUGUAGCUGCACGGCACCUGCAAGAAUACAUGGCCGGGUUUGAUCUCUACGCUUCCAAGCAACUCCAGGAAACUAAGCAUCAACUGGAGAUGAAGGCUCAGCGGGCAAGACAGAUACCGGAUGCUACAUGGAUGGGGUUGCGAAAGGUGACCGCACCGGUGCGGACAUCGUCAGCGAUGCAAAGGGCCAGGAUGAAUGCUCUUCGCGUGAGGUGCAAGAUGGAGACGGCGGCGGGACUGUCUGCAAAGGAAGGCGGUGAGGGGCAGAGUUGGGCAUGUGCAAAGAAGAAGAUGUCUGAAGCAGCCAAGCCCGACCCCGCCGCCGAGCAGAUCGCCAACCCUGCGGCGACUCUUGUUCAGGACGAGACCGCAAAGGUCACCACCGACAAGGCGUCUGACAAGCCCGAGACCACCACAGAGAGCAAGGAUGACAAGCCCAUCACAGAGAAGGCGACGGAGGCAGCGGCUGCAGUAAAGGACAACGUCUUCUCCAUGUUCGGUGGCGGCCCCGCAAAGGUCAAGAAGGAGGAGGCCGACGAUGUCGACGAGCCAUCAGGUGCUUCCAAGCCCAAGGGCGAGGACGAGGACCCCGAGAACGAAGAGCCCGAUGUCGACUUCCAGCCCGUCGUCCACCUCACCGAGAAGGUCGACACCAAGACCAACGAGGAGCUCGAGGAGCAAGUGUUCAAGAUGCGCGCCAAGCUGUUCAAGUUCGACAGGGAAUCGCGGGAGUGGAAGGAGCGCGGCACUGGUGACGUCCGGUUACUGAAGCACAAGGAGAAUGGCAAGACCCGUCUCGUCAUGCGCCGUGACAAGACCCUCAAGGUCUGCGCCAACCACUACGUUGUUCCGGACAUGAAGCUGUCGCCCAACGUCGGCAGCGACCGCAGCUGGGUCUGGAACGCCGCGGCCGAUGUCAGCGAGGGCGAGCCCGAGGCUCAGACCCUGGCCAUCCGGUUCGCCAACAGCGAGAACGCCAACCAGUUCAAGGAGGCCUUCAUCAAGGCCCAGCAAGAGAACGAGGCGCUUUUCGGCAAGUCGGAGCAGUAA